AUGCGAGUGCUCACAGUUCUUCUUCUUUUCUUAUUAGCCACUACCUCUUUUCAAUCUAUCAAUCCAGUUAUCUCUCCAGUUCAACUAUUCUGUCCUACUGUAGGAACUAAUGCAUAUGCUUUGGUUACUGUAACCGAAGGAUUAUCUCAAAUUGAUUUUGAAGGCAUUCUUGAAAGUUAUGCAAAGUUUAUGCCAUUUAAUUCAACUCAACAAAUCAAAUAUGAUUUUUAUUUUGGAACUAAUUACUCUACGAUAGUUACUACAAACGAUCUGGCAUUAGAAAUCGAGGUCGCAAAGGACAAUCAACAAGACACAACAGUCUAUUUGAAGAAGCAGGUGGUGUUGAUGACGGAUUAUGUUCCAAUCAAUGUAACUAACGUUUUCAAUAAAAACACAAAUGAAAACACGCAACGCCUUGGAAUCAUGUUCGCUCUUGACCUGACUCCACUUGACAACGCAGCUGAAUUUCCUGUUUUUAAAACUGAUGAAGAGAAUGUUGGAGGGACUCGAGCUAUUUUCCAGGAAACCAGAGACUUUGAAAAACCGUUAUCCGAUGUAUAUGUAUUUAUGACUUCUGCAAAUAUGUCUCAGUUAAUGCAAGUGAUUGAAAACACAAUUGGGGGACCCACUUGUCAACUGUCUCCAACAAAAAUGUAUUCAACGUUUAUUCACACUCAACUUGUUCAGAAUGACACCGUUUGGGAGCUAGUCAUUCCAUGGCUGGGACAGAAAACUCACAACUUUGCUUCGAAUUGUAUGAAAGCUCUCGGGCAUUUCAAAACCAAAAAGAAUUGUACCAUGUCGAAAGAACAGGUAGUCAAUGAUUUUGUACAACUGAUUCAUAUGGCCAACAAUCAAACUUUCGCCUAUUUAUUUUUGGAUGACACAUCAUGUGCAACAACUGAAAACCUGACAACAACGAUUCAAGAUUCGACACACAUUCGAAUUGUUGUGGAGGAUGGGUUGAAUGAUGUUUAUGAAGAUUUCACACUUCCAUUGGUCAAUUUGGGAUUUUUGGAUAAAACAGUAGACAAUCAAGUCAUUUACAACAAUAUUUUCUAUCUUCAAAACUUCUCAACAUCUUGUACAGAUGAGAUUCCAAUGGGUUUGGCAGUUCAAUACAUUAUGUAUUCAUUGUAG